GGAGUUUUCCUCUUUAAAGUUGAGCAGAGUAACUUUCAAAACUAUUUGCGAUCAUAACCUCAGAUAGCACUAGAAUACUGUCAUUAUGUGGCUCCCUCGCGGAUGUACUUCAAAGAACAUCGUUACUUCCUUCGGUCGUCGGGUUUUUCAAUCGUAUUUCCGUGUUUUGGGUCAAUGGAGACGUAACGUCGCGACAUUUAUGCCGGAGGCUGCGGGGUUUGAAGGAGUGAGCGACUGCUCGUCCCUGCAGGAGUUCUCCGUCUCCAACAGCGAGAGCUUCUGGGCCGCUGCGGCGCGUGAGAGGCUGAGCUGGAUCCGACCUUUCCACACGGUGCAGGACUGUGACCUGAGCCGGGGGAAAAUCAAGUGGUUUGAGGGAGGACAGCUGAAUGUGUCCGUGAACUGCCUGGACCGCCACGUGCACACCUGUCCUGAGAGGGUGGCUCUGAUCUGGGAGAGAGAUGAACCGGGGUCAGAGGUCAAGGUCACCUACAGGCAGUUGCUGGAGAUGACAUGUCGCCUAGGCAACCUGUUAAGACGGCGUGGCGUGAAGAGAGGGGACUGUGUCACCAUCUACAUGCCUCCAUGCCCUCUGGCUGUGGCGUCCAUGUUGGCCUGUGCCCGCAUCGGUGCAGCACACAACGUGGUGUUUGCAGGGUUCAGUGCCGAAGCCCUCGCAGAGCGAAUCAGAGACGCCCAGUCCAGCACCGUGAUCACGGUGAACCAGGGCGUCAGAGGGGGAAAGGUCACGGAGCUGAAGAGGACGGUGGAUACGGCUGUUCAGAGCUGCCCGACAGUACAGCAGGUGUUUGUUGCCAUGAGAACAGAGAAUCCGGUCGCCAUGACAGCCAGGGACGUCGACAUGGAGGAGGAGAUGCUCAAGGAGGAUGUGGUGUGUGAGCCGGCUGCCAUGAACAGUGAAGACGUCCUGUUCCUGCUGUAUACAUCGGGCAGCACAGGGAAGCCCAAAGGACUCGUCCACACUCAGGCUGGAUACCUGCUGUAUGCCGCUCUCACACACAGGUAUGUCUUCAGCUACCAUGACGGAGAUGUGUUCGGCUGUGUGGCAGAUAUCGGUUGGAUAACAGGACACAGUUACAGCGUCUACGGGCCUCUGGCCAACGGGGGAACCACUGUCCUGUUUGAAAGCACUCCCAUUUACCCCGACCCAGGAAGGUACUGGGAGAUGGUUCAGAGACUUAAGAUAAACCAGUUUUACGGGGCUCCGACAGCGAUCCGCCUGCUGCUAAAGUACGGAGAUCAGUGGGUGCACAAAUACGACCGCUCAACCCUCAAAACUCUCGGCUCUGUGGGUGAACCCAUCAACACUGAAGCGUGGGAGUGGUACCACAGAGUGGUCGGGGAUGGACGCUGCCCUGUGGUGGACACCUGGUGGCAAACAGAGACAGGUGGCAUCUGCAUCACCCCAAGGCCAUCAGACCCAGACGCAGAGAUUGUCCCAGGAAUGGCUAUGAGACCUUUCUUUGGGAUUAAGCCCGUUCUCAUGGACACUGAGGGAAAAGUGCUGACUUCCAACGACACAUCUGGAGCUCUGUGUUUAGCUCAGCCUUGGCCUGGUAUGGCCCGAACCAUUCAUAACCACCACCAGAGAUUCAUUGAGACCUACUGUCAGCCUCAUCCUGGUUACUUCUUCACUGGCGAUGGCGCCUAUCGCUCUAAGGAGGGUUAUUACCAAAUCACUGGCCGCCUUGAUGAUGUCAUCAAUGUGAGCGGUCACAGGAUUGGGACGGCAGAGAUAGAGGACGUGGUGAAUCAAUGCUCUGGAGUGGCUGAGUCUGCGGUCAUAGGAUACUCGCACGACAUCAAAGGACAAGGUGUGUAUACCUUUGUGGUGCUAAAAAAGGAUGUGGACGAUCAAGAGGCGGACCUGUCUCGGCAGCUAAACAACAUGGUGUCUAAAAAGAUCGCCAAGUACGCCUGUCCAGACUUCAUCCAGUUCGUCCAGCGGCUGCCAAAGACGCGCUCAGGAAAGAUAAUGCGCCGGGUGCUGCGGAAAGUGGUGGAGCGAGACUUGAGCGGGUUGGGUGACCUCAGCACGCUGGACGAUCCUGCGGCAGUUGAAGAGAUCAUCCAAGGUCACCGUGAGCUCUGCCGUAAACAACAACCGUGAUGCGUUUUCUGAAAACAUUCUCAUCUAAAGAAGAAUUUAAAAGAGAUGCUUGCACGUAACUCUGUUUCACUUAACAAGCAAUUGUAUCAAAGAUUUUAAAGGCACAAUACAUUUUAGCUUUUAUUGUAAAUAUGACAUUGUUAUAAAAUCAGGUAAAUACUAUAUAAUCUACAGAUGUACUCUGCUCUUGAUAGGAGUUACAUUAUUGGUACUAAUAUUCCCAAUGUAGUGAUUGUAAACAUAAUCAAAAAAACAAAUGUAAAAAGGCACACAAGAUGUACUGAGUCUUUCCUUCCUGAUGUUACAGGAAUACAUAAACACUGCAUGAGCACAGCUGUCCACCUCCACUGGAGGAUCUGGGUUUUAAAGUACCUCUAGUGUUACUAACUGAAGAAUUCAGGAGUGUUUUCUGUCCUCGUCUCCCACACUUAAGCGUUCUUCAUGUCCAGGAUUUUAAUAGAGAGGACUUUGCAUUCUCAGGGCUUUUUCUCCCAUUGCCUCCUUUUAACUUGGUUACCUCCCACUGGCCUCCUCCACAUAGUUUCAACUGGACGUCAUGGUACUGUGCGAAACAGAGUGACAGAGUUAAUAUCCUUCAUAGAUUUAGACGGAUCAGAGCAAGACGAGGUAAAAUUGAGACAUUAAAACCAAAUAAUCUGAUAACAAAGCACGGAGAAACUUUAAAAAAUAUCAAAAAUAAAUGAAAGUUCACAAACUCAAAUAUUUUCAUUCCUGUUGUUUCCUUGUAUGCUUUACAGAUUGUAAAUGAGGAAUAUUUGUAAUUUGUGAUAUUUGACUGUAUAAAUCAAAUUUGAUUGAUCGAUAA